GAACCCUCCUACUUGAAAUUAAUAUAUUAAACCCUGCCUUAUUCUUUGCAAGAACAUAAGAGAGCUAGAGAGAGAGAGGGGCCAUUGAAAUGGAGCAAGAGAAGGCAGUGAUUAUAGUCGGGGCUGGCCCGUCCGGCCUCGCCAUGGCCGGAUGUCUAAGCCAGCUUGCAAUCCCAUACGUAGUCUUGGAAAGAGAGGACUGUUUUGCUUCCCUGUGGAAAAAGUAUUCAUAUGACCGUCUCCACCUCCACCUUCAAAAGCAGUUCUGUGAGCUUCCCCACAUGCCAUUUCCACCUUCUUGUCCCACCUACGUGCCCAAGAAUCAGUUUAUCCAAUACUUGGACGACUAUGUGUCCCGUUUCAAGAUUAGUCCCAUCCUGUACCACAGAAAUGUUGAGUCUGCAAACUAUGAUGAAGCUUCUGAGAGAUGGGUUGUGAAGGCGGUGACUAAUAGUAAUACUGGUGGCUCUGGUGAGAUGGAGGAGUAUUUUGGGAGGUUUUUGGUGGUUGCUACAGGGGAAACAACCAACCCAUAUACACCAGAGGUUCAAGGUUUGAACACUUUUGCUGGGGAUGUUCUUCACUCAACUCAGUUCAAAUCUGGGAAGGGGUUCAAAAACAAGAACGUUUUGGUUGUUGGGUCUGGGAAUUCCGGGAUGGAAAUUGCUCUAGACCUAGCAAACCUUGGUGCGAAGGCUUCCAUCAUCGUUCGAAGCCCGAUCCAUGUUUUGUCAAGGGGGAUGGUUUACUUGGGCCCGGUUUUGUUCAAAUAUUUUUCGCUAAACAUGGUGGACUCUUUGGUGGUUUUGCUUAGCAAGCUGGUUUAUGGAGACUUAACCAAGUAUGGGAUAGAGAGGCCAACAGAGGGUCCCUUUUAUAUGAAGGUCAAGUACGGCAAGUAUCCAACCAUUGAUGUUGGAACAUGUAAGAAGAUCAAGUCCGGUGAGAUUCAGGUCUUGCCAGCAGAAAUCAGCAGCAUAAGAGGCAGCGAUGUUGAAUUGAAAAACGGCAAGUCGUACCAAUUUGAUGCAAUUGUUUUCUGCACCGGGUUCAAGAGAUCAACGAACUUGUGGCUCAAG